ACCAUUUUCUUGUGGUAUUUAAAAAUUCUAAUCCGUUUCCACUCCAACUAUCUACACGCGCUCUUCCAAUUUCAGUGAACUAAGAAGUCUUCAGGUGCGACGAGCUUGUUGAGUAAAUUAGCUAGGUACGGUAAGUAGAAGCCUGCCUUCAGCAACCACCAGGCCACACUUCGAGGAAAGAUGUCUACCAUCAGAUUUGGAUCAACUUGUAGUCCUUCGAAGACUACUCGAUCUGAGACAUUGCCACGAUGGAAUGAUGAGGAGGGGGAAAUGGCUGAUCCAGAAGAUGCCUGUGAUCCAAAUAAACUCCUUCAGUGUCCAUACGACAAGAACCAUCAGAUCCGUGCCUGCCGCUUUCCAUACCAUCUGAUCAAGUGCAGCAAGAACCACCCUAAACUGGCCAGUGAAUUAAAAACGUGCCCUUUCAACGCCCGCCACCUGAUGCCCAAGCAUGAGCUUUCACACCACAUUGCUAACUGUGUUGACAGAAUAUCUGUGAAUGCAGAAGACUUGGGCAGCGCUGAGGUGCAGACCAAAUGGCAGGUACCUGUUAGCACGUGGACAAACACCAACUGUGAUGAGGACUGGGAUAAAGAGGCUGAUAUUUCUUCAGUGCCUUUCGUAUGGGGAGUGUCCACAAACCUGAUCAGUCAGAACAGGCCUGAGCCAUGCACUACAAACAAUCUUACUCCUGGACUUCGAGCUCCAAGAACUCUGCCCUGGAAAAUGUGACUGACAAUAAGGGCAGAAUGUUGAAGUCAAGAGGCUAUCUUGCAGUUAAGGUUUAUAUCAUAGAUGCAUGCUUUAUUAUCUCACUUUUACUUGACUAUGGGCACAUUUGAGAAAUCCCAUUGACUAUUUUGUUUGACUAUAAAUGCAUGCUUUGUAACUUAACCUUAGACAUGGUGAUUGGGGUUUGUGUGUUCCCCUCCUUUGUUAUUAAGGCUUUUUGCAAAAGUGUUUCCCUAUACUAACUCUGUAUGUAGGCUGUUAAUGUACUGUAUGUUCCUGAUGCCCUACUGCAGAGAUGAAUAUAUUCUCACUGUAUUGCACAUAUUAGAUACAGUGGGGGAAAAAAGUAUUUA